AGUACAAGUUGUUAGAGUUAUCUUUCUUGAUGAUGCGUCAUCAUUUUUUGUGCACACUAGUGCACAGUUGCCUUUGACAACGAUAAAGCUCCUGAGAAGAACCGGAAAGAACAGUCAAUAUGGGGCCACUCCCACAAGGUAGUAGAAAUGUACACAUCAUGGCUAGCCAGGGUCCGGACAUCAACAUGAUGAAGUUCUACAACACAACAAAUUCCACCACGUACGGUCGAUAUUACGAUAAGUUCAAGCCACGUCCAGGUCGGCACACAGGAACAGGAUAUCUGUCAAAUUUCCGACCUGCUGUUUAUUAUAACCAGCGUCUGGACGAAGUGGACAAUCCUGUCCUUAGUAAAAUUUGUGCAAAGAAUUACCACAGUGUGACGGAGCUCCACUUCCAGCCUUACAAAGAAAACACUGGAACCGAACCACUGCCAGGAAACGUCCAUCAAAAGGGGUCAGGGUUUGUCCGACAGAAACCCAUCACUAACCCAACUGUUGGAGAAGUAAAUGGAGUGUUUAUUGACACCCGAGCUGCCUCUGCCCCGAGUGAUAUCCUUCCUAAGAAUAAACCUCGCCUACACACUCUCAGACCCAAGGACCCUGUAGAACUAGAGAAUAAUGGAUACGGUCCAAAGUAUAUGCUUUCUGAAACCAAGCAUCAAUUUCUGGGAGAACAGCCAGACAGAAUGGAUUUGACCAACAAGACUGUUGGCCCACAUGAAGAGAGUGGAUUCACGCAUGCUUAUAAUGUAGAACCAAUCACAUACAUCCCAGGGUCACCUCACAAAAAUGACCUUCCGGGUUGGGCUACAGGGCGACCUACUGGUAGUAGCAUAAUGAAAACUCAUUUCUUACGAUCAGAGUAUCCCAAGGGUAAUGAGCCUUUCCCAGUGUUGUCUCAUGGUGCAGAGCGUGGAACGGGAUUCACCCGAGAGAAAGCUAAACCUCUGUAUGUCAACAGAGUCAUGGCAGAUGCCUAUGACAGGGCAGAGAACAUUCCCUCCAUGAGACUGGACAAAACAAAGAAGGUGGACCCCACAGAGUAUCUCAAUAUGCAGAAUCCUAACAACCAUUCCAGCAUUACAAUGAAGAUGUACCAGGGACAACAGCGGCCAUCUCCCACAGAGGCUGACCGACUCAACACCACAUCCGUGGGUAACAAAGAGUUGUCUGGCUAUAGCGAGAAUAACGACAGAUUUGUCGCCCAGUCUGAUGAUUACAAGAGGUUCACCACUCACUACGAUACCAGGUUUGGACCAGACCCCACCCCUGUGGGUAAGGACAGAGAAGGCCACACAAGGGGAGCUGUACAACAACAGAAACUGGACGGAUUCACCAAGAGCACCGCUGUCCACUCUUAUGGACCUGAUGUCCAGUCUACAGCCACAUUAAGGAGGCUGGAGCCAUACGUAGCCAGGAGUAUAAAAGCUCGAGAUGUUUUCUACGAUGAUCACACACACGACAUGAAGACACACUCUGUAGUUGUAUCAUAAUGAAGAGGAAGAGCAUAAGAAGAUAUGUUAAUUAACGAUAGGGACAGUAAAUAACUGCUGGUCAUAAAGUCAUUGCAAUAUUAAUUAUGUAUGCAGGUCUUAGCUGAACACGGUAUGGAGGAUUAUAAACUUUAUAUCCCCACACGUAUUCAGCAAUUUUUUUCUGACAAAGUGUUUAAGAAACCAUUUUUAUUUUGUUAAGUUUUAGAUUGUGUCUUGAUAAACAUAAUAUUUUUACCCCAAUAUUAUUUUACCCUGUUCUAUAUUUGAUUAAGUGCUGUAGUCCUCUGUAGGUAUGUGAUCCCCUUCAGUAUUAUAUCUGUUCAUUGUUUGCAGCUCUAUUCUGGACAUCAUCCAUUCAGACAAUUUGUGUCAUUUUCUUUUUCGACUCAAAGAGUCUGCUGGAUGAUAAUACAGGCUGCUGCUUUGUCAAAUUUCUCUAUAAUAUAUUCUACUGUCUCAAAAUAGGACUGUGAUACUUUUGUUAAAUGUUUUUAACAAUCAUGUUUUGUAAAUUUUGUUAUUUUUUUUUUUUUUUUGACAGGGUUUCCAUGUUUGUUAUGGCCGUUGGUGUAUUUAACAAACUGUUAAGAAUUUUGUACUAUUAUUUAAAUCUUUACCUAUUUCUAAGGGUAGUAGACCACACUUUGCUAUAUUACACACAGGAUGGAGGAAAGCCUCUUCUUCCUUCCUGUAUUUACAGGAUAGAAAACUCGGGAGUUUUCCUUGCUGUAUUAUGUUGCUGUAUUUUACAGGAUAGAUAACUCGGGAGUUUUCCAUGAGGAAUUAUGUUGCUGUAUUUACAGGAUAGAAAACUCUGGAGUUUUCCUUGCUGUAGUAUGUUGCUGUAUUUUACAGGAUAGAAAACUUUGGAGUUUUCCUCACUGUAUUAUGUUGCUGUAUUUUGCAGGACAGAAUUUUUUUUCCCUUUGCUGCAUGAUUAUGCUGCUAAUUGUGUAUAUUUGAAAGUAUACACAAUACUUACAAUUCAGAUGAUUUAUAUAUAUAUGAUGUGAUUUUAUAGGAAUGUUUUGUCAGAAAAUUGUACGUGUUAAGGUUAUUAUAAUGCAUGCCCAUCAGAACUUAUUUCACUGAAAAAAAAGGUGUACACAUAAUAAAGUCAGUGAAAAUCUAA